AUGCCUUGGAUUAGUCCUGGGGGCAUUGCUUGCUGGCUUGCUUCGGCCACUGCGAUAGUCAGCUUCCAUGGCGUUUCGGCAACUGCGAACGAAGUAGACGCCUUUCAGUCCCAACUGAAUCUGUGUCCACUUGCUUGCUCGGAUAAGUCUCCUGAGCAAUGGAGUGUAUACUCUUCAUUCGAGCGGCUCUCGCAAUGCGACCAACCCGUGCUCUUUGACCUGGCGAUCCAUACUCCUAUCAACGACAAGACCAACUCCGUGCUGAUUCGUGCCUGCACAACCUCCCCAGCAGCUGGGGGAUCUCAGCCAAUGGCGAGCACUGUCAAGAGAGAAGCGGAAGCUUGCGGUGGCUCUUUCGUGGAAUCUAAAGUCCCGCUGCUUAUUUCGCAGAAUCCUGGUCAAGCCACCGCUCCAUUCGGCAACGGCCUGGUCACCAUACUCGAGGGACUCAAGGAAUACAGGCAGAAGGCCGUGGCUACUUCUGGCUGUACCGGAGACAACAACAUUAUGCUCGGCUAUUUUGACGGGGCGGUUGUUGGCACCUACGCCGGAAAGGCCUUGUCCUCAGCCACCAUCCCGUCCAUUGUUGAUUACCUGCUUGAGGAGGACAAAGAGCAGGGCUCCGCCCCCUUCGGUAUGCUGGCACAGAUCUGCGACCACGAUAGCGACAUGGACCACACUGCGGGAGUGGCAGUGGCCCUCAAAGCAGACAUCGGCAGCGUUCAAUCGGCGCUGCUGUCCUGGAAUCAGGGCGAGUGUGCCAAGGCCCAGUCAGGUACCACCUUACGCGAGCUUGUCAUCAGCCAGGUUCCUCUCCCGUCAAUCAAUGCCAAAGCCUCAAAUAUAUCAUUGGCUGAGGCACCCGGGAGAAAGGCUCAGGCUUUGGACAGCAAGGUUGAUGGCAAAUACUGCAAGAUGAGGACAAUAGCCGCUGGCGAUUCGUGUGCCUCUAUAGCAAAAGCUUGCAAGGUUUCCGUCGCCGACUUUUUCAAGUAUAACGGAGUCAAGGGGAACGGAAACGACUGGUGCAGGAAAUUGCAGGCGGGAAGGAAUAUCUGCUGCUCGUCUGGCUCAAGCAAACCGCUCCCUGAGGCCAAUGGAGACUGCUUUAGCUACACGAUCAAAGCGGGUGACGACUGUUCAUCCAUUGGCAUGCCGUGGAAUCUGACACCAAAGGAUAUUGAGGGCUUCAACCAGAAGGUGACUUGGGGGUGGAGGGGAUGUCCCAAUCUGACCGUCGGUCUCAAGAUUUGCCUCAGCAAGGGGUCGCCGCCGAUGCCCGCGCCUGUGUCCAAUGCAGUUUGUGGUCCCCAAAAGCCGGGAACCGUCAGACCUGAGUCAGUCAAGGACGCAUUCGAACUGGCAAAGCUCAACCCGUGCCCGCUCAACUCCUGCUGCAAUGUUUGGGGUCAAUGUGGAAUCGAUGCUCUCUUCUGCACAAAGGCGGACGGACCCACGGGAAACCCCGGAACGGCGCCGGCUGGCUCCAAUGGGUGCAUCUCGAACUGCGGCACCGGCAUUGUGAACAACGCCAAACCCCCAUCAGGCGGGUUCCGGCGCAUCGGCUAUUACGAAGCCUUCAACUGGGAGCGCCCUUGCUUGCACAUGGAGUCGAAGCUUUCCAACACCGACAAGUACACCCACAUGCACUGGGCAUUUGGAGAUAUCAAGAGCGACUUUUCGGUCUACAUUAACGAUACGCACCACCAGUGGGAUGGGUUCAUGGGCUUGAAAAAUGUCAAGAGAAUCGUAUCAUUCGGCGGUUGGGGUUUUUCAACCGGCGUCGCGUCAUAUGAUGUCCUCCGCAAAGCCAUGACCCCCGAGAACCGCGGCCAUUUUGUGUCAAACGUUGUCGCCUUCGCAAAGAAAAUGGGCAUCGAUGGCAUUGAUCUUGACUGGGAAUAUCCUGGCGCACCCGAUAUCCCGGGUAUUCCAAAAGGCCUUCCCUCGGAUGGCCCCAACUACCUUGAGACUCUUCGCGCCCUGCGAAAAGCCCUACCCUCCAAAUAUUCCCUGUCCAUCGCCGUUCCUGCAUCCUAUUGUGAAAAAGCUUCUCGCUCAUCGUCACUAGGCCAGUGGGAUGUUGGGAAUACGUGGGCCAUGUCCGAGUGUCCUAGCGGAAAUUGCUUGAGAAGCCACGUCAAUCAGACAGAGGUCGUUUUGGCCCUUUCCAUGAUUACCAAGGCUGGAGUCAGUGCCAGCAAGGUCGUUGUUGGCGAAUCUAGCUACGGGAGGUCCUUCAAGAUGGCUAAAGCUGGGUGCACGGGCCCUCUAUGCAAGUUCACUGGUGCCAACGGGAAGUCGGAGGCGGCAGCGGGGAGAUGCACAAAUGCUCGAGGAUACCUCGCUAAUGCAGAGAUCAACGAGAUCAUCUCCAAGUCCAAGGGUCAUCCGAAGACAUGGUAUGACAAGGACACAGCGUCGGAUUACUUGGUAUACAAUGAUGUUGAGUGGGUUGCCUACAUGUCCGAUAAGACGAAGCAAAGCCGCCGAGAGAAAUGGAAAGGGCUCAACUUCCUCGGGACCGUUGAUUGGGCGGUUGACCUCCAGGAGUUCAACGUGACGGAUCAUACCGAACCACCACAGGGAGGACCGGGGGCCAACGAAACCGGCUGUAUCAAUGUCUUCGACAACAUGAUUUGGGACUGGGUCAACCCUUCCAUCGAAGCAGCCAUCGGAUGCACAAACAUACUCCAGCCAUCGCCUCUCUCGACCACAGUCACCCUCACGGCAUAUACAACGCUUACUCUCCAAUCCGGGACGAAGUUGAGCACCUCUGUGGUCUCUGCGCCUUUCUCCAUCUCCGAAGUCAGCUACCAGCCAUUCAUCAUCGAUUACCCGGAUCUCCUCAGUAAAAGUGAUGGACAAAUGAUUACGUAUAACCCGACCCCUCAGAUCACGCCAGAUCCCAUUACGAUUCGCAUUCCCGAUGGUUGGACUGUCACUGGAGGCCACUUGGCUUCGCCGGGAUCAGGGCCUGGAUCGAGUUCGGGACCGAGUUCAAAACCUGCAAAGGCCACCAGUACCACAUCGGAUGACGGGGCCGGCUAUCUGCUGCCUAUUACCUUCUAUCCCACACUCAGCUACAGAAUUCCGUCGAUACUGACUCCCAAGCCCCCGGCUCCGACAAAGCUUCCGGAUAAUGACGAGCAUCCCAUCAACACUCCGAGCUCUUCGACUUCGUCAGGACGUCCAGGGGACGGCCAGCAGUCAAGCGGUACUCCACGCCCUCCCAGUAACGGCCAAAACCCAAGCAGCACUCCGAAGCCUCCCGGCGACGGCCCAGACCCAAUCAACACUCAGAAGCCUCCCGGCGACGGCCCAGACCCAAUCAACACUCAGAAGCCUCCCGGCGACGGCCCAGACCCAAGCAACGCCCACAACACUCCGGCUUCUACCAAGCGCCCCGGCGAUAACCAGCACCCAACGCCCACGCCUGCUCCUAUCCGCGACAUUGACUGCAAAGAUGAUUCAUGCACGAGGGGCCGGGACUGCGAGAGUGACGAUUGCCUGCGAGGAGGAGAUUGCGAGGGCGAGAACUGCGUGGAGGGCGGCAAGUGUCGAGGCAAAAGAUGUAUCAGCGGCGGCAACUGCAAGGGACCAAAAUGCAAGACAGGAGGGCCCUGUGAGGGAGAGAACUGCGAAAAGGGGGGCGGAUGCGCCAAAACGCUCUUCGGAGACUGCGGUAGCGGGGGCUGCCAGGGAGCACGUUGCUUCUCCAAGCGAGAUUGCUUCGGCGCCCAAUGCGAGCGACUCACCAUCAAGCCUCUUCCUAAACCCGAUCCCAAAAGCACCCCAGCAACCCCUCCCAAACCGACUUGCCUCGUGGACUGUCCAAAGCUCCCCGAGUGCCCUGACUGGGAUCCCCUUUGCCACGAUCCCUGCCCGUUUAGUGCUUGUCCUGUCUAUCGGAGGCCCACUGGCAAGGCCUGUACAACGCUGCAAACGGCUCGAGAUUGUACCGAGUUUGUCAGUAGCACGCGAGUGAAGACGAAGCCAACUACCAGCUGGUCAACCACUACGCGAACUCUCUGCGAGACCAUGGUCGACUGCGAGGCUGCUGACAUCACCGCGACGACAACCAUCACAACCACCCAUACGCCUGACCCAAUUGAGUCAGUAGGGCCAGCUGUGCCUUACUAUGGAGUGUCUUGGUCAUUUGGGGAAAAGGAGAAGUCGUCCAUGUUGGCGGAUGAAGAAGCGUACUUCUCCGCGCUCGAGACACCAAUGACGACGACAACGACGACCUCGGCCGAGCCUAGUACAACGGAUGACACCCCUACGGAAACCACUGCCGACGGGCCUACCUCGACAGUUGGGCCAAAUGACCUGGUGUGCGGCUUUGCCCUGUACGCCGCGUUUUACCGGUUUGACAUCGUCAAGAUGGUCGGCGACUGGGUUUGGGACGACGAGGGGCAUAAGCUCAAGAAAGAGCUCAAGGGCUGUGGCGCGCUUACUGGAUGGAAAUGGUACAGGCGAGAUGAUGGCUCUCGAGAGGCUCGGUUCAACCUUCCAGUUUUCCUCACGGCGGGUUGCGUCGAGAGCGCGAUCAAGAGUGCAGGCGGUCCCGGGCUCUCAUGCAUAUUUGCCACCUAG